AUGCGGUCGACCUCGAUGACACCGCUGCCAGACGCUCCUACUCAACCCGAUGCGAUGAUGCAAAUCGACGACAGCGACGACAUCAUCUUGGUCAGCGAGAAUUUUCGCACGCCUCGCAGCAAGGCCGGACCUCGUUCGCCUCCGGAGACCCCUCCUCCUACGACACCUUCUCCGAACGUCAAGCGCCGCCGCACUUCUGCUCCUUCCCAGAAGAGCAGCCCCAACAAGCGGGCCAAGCACAAAGAACGAGAGGACGUGAAGCACGGAAAGAAAGGGGAGCAGCGUCGAUGA